GGGGAAGAAACUGUCAUGUAGACAGCUGGUGCGGGUCCUGAUGCUGCGAUACCGCCUGCCUGAUGGUAGCAGAGAGAGCAGCCCAUGACUCGGGUGACUGGAGUCUCUGAUGAUCCUCAGCUUUCACACACCGCUUGGUAUAGAUGUCCUGGAGGGAGGGAAGCUCACCUCCAAUGAUGUGUCUGGCAGUUCGCACCACCCUUUGAAGGGCUUUGCUGUUGCCAUACGAGGCGGUGAUGCAGCCAGUCGGGAUGCUCUCUACAGUGCUGGUGUAGAACCGUGUGAGGAUGUGGUGGUUCAUUCCAAACUUCCUCAGCCAUCUCAGGAAGAAGAGGCGCUGGUGAGCCUUCUUCACAACGGCAUCAGUGUGGAUGGACCAUGUGAGUUCCCCAGUGAUGUGGACACCGAGGAACUUGAAACUGCUGACUCUCUCCACCGGUGCUCCAUUAAUGGUGAUGGGGCUGUGUUCUCUGUAUUUCCUCCUGAAGUCCACCACAAACUCCUUGGUCUCGCUGACGUUGAGGGAGAGGUUGUGCUCCUGACACCAGUGUGUCAGAGUGUGCACCUCCUCUCUGUAGGCUGUUUCUUCAUUGUCAGUGAUCAGACCUACCACCGUCGUAUCGUCAGCAAACUUAAUGAUGGUAUUAGAGCUGUGUGUUGCCACACAGUCAUGUGUGUAUAGGGAAUACAGGAGUGGGCUGAGAACCCAGCCCUUUGGGGCUCCAGAGUUGAGGGUCAGUGAUGAGGAGGUGUUGCUGCCCAUUCUUACCACCUGGCAUCUGCUUGACAGGAAGUCCUAAGUCAACUAAGUAUGUUUGAUUAUUUGUGGAUUUAUCUGCUACCGAGUGUUAAAAUCAGUGUUGGAUUUAGACAUCUUGCGGGGGUGCGUCAGGAGGCAGCGAAUGACUGUUGUAAAAUCGCAUAUUGCUGCAUGUUAUAUUUCAUGUUUAUUAAAAUUUGUACAAGCCUUAUAAACUUAUAAGCUUACUUGUAUUGACUGCUGAGGCUGUAAAUUGUAAUACAAAUAUAAUUAAGUUUCUUCCAUUUAACUCAUAUCAGCCAUAUCACGUUUCACUUCUUAAAUGUGAACUAUUUUUGAACACUCAUUUAAUGAUUAAUCAUUUUAAAAGGUAUAAAUGAAAGUGUUGAUGAUAAACAAAGCAGUUUAACAUGGUCUAGAUACAAUCAAAUAAAAAAAUGUAAGCGUAAGUUCCGUCUGCAAGUUCUCGUAAGUUGACUCUUUUUGAUAUUUGUUGGUUUGGUUGGCAAUACAAAUGUAGUUCCAGAUUUUUGGCUUUGUUUGAAGUGCAAAAGGCUAUACAACAGCUUUUUGACCAAGGUUUUCGUUCAUAAAUUUGUCAAAUCUAUCAGAUUUUUCUCCCCCAUAGAAAUGAAUGGGUCACAAUGGUUACAGGGCUUCGCUUUCCCCUGCGAAUGGCCCGAUUUGUUUGCUGCUGUGUACAAGGUCUAGUGCUGUCACAGAGCGAUCAUUCCUCCGGUAAGGAGCAGACUGAUUGAUGGUAAUGGACGUCUGAAUCACAGUAGCAGAAAAUCUUGGCAUUACCAGUCCGUUCUCAAACACCCUUGAAGCACAGUGUACAACGUUUCAUGCUCAUGAUUUCAAGAACAAAACAAUAAAACACUUACUGGACACAUGGAUAGAAGUCAAAGCUAGAUGAAAGGCACUUUAAGAUGAGGAGCUGGAAGAUGUUGGCAGAGAGUUCACCUGCAGAGCUGGACAACUAGAUGCCAACAAGAAGAAAAACAGAUACCCCUUCAUCUUACCUUAUGACCACACUCGUGUUCAGCUCUCUCUGCUGGACUCCAAGCUCCACUCUGACUACAUCAAUGCCAGCUAUGUGCCUGGUGGGACAUCUGAGCAUGAUUUUAUCUGCACUCAAGCGCCUCUGCAGUGCACCAUGGGGGAUUUCUGGUGGAUGAUCUGGGAGAAGAAUGUGCCGCUCAUUGUUAUGGUGACCGCACUGACAGAGCAUGGCAAGGUGAUGUGUGAUCAGUACUGGCCACCCGAGCAAGGAACAGGAUGUUAUGGAACGGUGCAGGUGACCACAGUUUCAUGCCAGCGUCACCCAGAAUAUUACAUCACCACAAUCCGCUUACAGCAGCAGGGUUUCUGGGCUGUGCGUCAUGUGACUCACUAUCAUUACCCCCUCUGGCCUGAUCAGGGGGUACCGCAGACUGCAUCCUCUCUUUGCACAUUCACUGAACAUGUACAACAGUACCUCGACAAUAUCACCGGCCACGGACCAUCAGUACUGCACUGCAGUGCAGGAGUGGGCCGUUCUGGCACGUUUGUGGCGUUGCUAUGGUUACUGCAGCUGUGUGCAAGAGGAAUUCCUCCUAACGUCCAUCUGGCUGUGCAAGAUCUACGUAAACGCAGAGUCAUGAUGGUCCAAAACAUUGAGCAGUACAAAUUCGUGCAUCAGUGUCUUCUGCACUGGCUGGGAGGAGAAACAUCCAAACCAGGCUGCGAUUCCCUUGCUGCCCCUGUGCCUCUGCAUCAUGGGUCACGGCAAUAAACAAGGGCGUCAGAGGCGUUCGGAGCGGACACAGCCAACGACACAAGACAUUGACACACACAUCAGGAGUAUACCACACACUCCAACACCACCCAGCCUUCACAGACGUCACUACAGUCCCUACAGACAGCACUGAAGAGCAUACAGCCUGCACACCUGCUGCGAAGAAUAAUGCCAUCAACACACAACUGAUAGCACACACCUGAAAAUAAACACAUCUAGGACAGUUGGAGUUUGCUUUUUCUAAGGCACACAAAUAUAUGGCCAGGGCCUGAAACUAUUCUGCAUCACAGUAUUAUCUAUAGUAUUGCAACAUCUCUUUCAUCAAGACUAAAUGACGGUUAUCUCUAGAAGCACACAAAACCUUAACAGAAACUGUAGUGUUUAUUUUAUUUUCUGUGGUCUUGUUAGUUGCAUAUCCCUUUUGUUUUUGAGAUCAUCUCAAAAGAAAUGGGAGAAAUACUUCCAGAACCAAGAUGGCUGAAAAGGUGGGGUGGACUGUUCACUCUAUAUGAAAUGUGUGUUUCUAGUCAUUUUACUAGGGCUUCAAAUACUGCCCAUAGGAUCCAAUAUGACCAUAAACAAGACAAUAAAAAUCCCAGAUAUUUCUUUUCAGACAUUUUCUUCAUCUGUAGUAGUGUAUUUGUUGGACAGCUGGUCACAGGUGUAAUGAAAUACCAUGGUAUGAACAGGGAGGCAAGCUUGCCCCAUGGAGAGUUGACAUUGCAUGAGUUUCUAUCUCUGUCACAUGAUUGGAAGAUAAUUUCACAUGAUAAUCUUGUAUUUACAAGCAUUAAAUGAAUGCUGUGUAUCAUGAGAAGUGUUGAAGUUUGGGUUUGCCUGAAGAGCUAAGCAAAAUGUCUUAUUUAUAUUACAAUAUGAUGUUUCCCAGGCAUCCAAAAUAAUCCCAUGCAGUGAAAGGAAUUGUGUUGAUUAAAAAUCGAUAGUAUUGAUGUUAUCAAUACUUUAUAGGCCUAUUCACGCCAGCACCAUCAUUGGCUGUGAUGGAUAGAUUAGCAUCUCUUCAAUAGCACGAACCUGGCUUCCAACCUUUCUGGGGCGUCCAAUCACGUAGUAUCAUUAAUAUUCAUGAGCCAUGUUUUCAAGCACGAUUCGUUCAUUCCAGCUGCUGGCGCUCACACACCAGCGUCUGCCUUUCGGCCAAUCAGCUCGGCCUAGUGGGCGAAAGACACGAUACGUAAUGCAUUUUCAUGAGCCAGCGACCCACCAGAAUGCUCCUGUGAGCUCAGAGCUUUGACGUCUCCUCGAGGAAGUGCUCAGACCGUACACACUUAAGAUGACCGCUGAAGAGAGACAGUUGAACCGGUGUUACAAUAUAUUCAGUUGUUUCCAGUGGGCGGAGCAUAUAUGAAUAUUCAUGAAUUAUCUUGACAUGCGUGUUGAAAUGGAAUUGAAAAUGUUAGCGCACCACCAAGUUCCAGCGUUGAACGAAGUAUGUAAUAACUACACUAUUCAGAUUUUCGUAACAAUUUGCAGUUUAUAAAUGCAAUAUAUGUUUUGAUAAAUUUUAUGUUCCUGAAUACAACAUUUACUGAAGUAGGUAUUAGGCAAAAUUAAGAGUACAACAGAGCAAACUUUACAAAUAAAAAUACAGUAGUCUACAGUAAUCAUGCCUUAUUUUUCUUUCAUAUCUUUAAUUGUGUUGUUCUAUUUAUUCUUUUCAUUAACAACAACGACUAAAAUAA